UGGGUUGAGAAAUAAUUUGGUUAAUGAUGAAAUAAGAGAAAUGGGCGGGUGAGGAGCAGGCAAUAUGAUAUAUAAGAUCUGUCCUGCUAUCAUCAGUCAAGAGCUGUGUCUUCUACAACACGCAAGACAUUCCUGCAUUUCCGGAACGUUAACUUGCUUCCUCAGUGAAAAAAUAAAAAAUGUCAAACGGAGAUCAUAUAACAAAGCUCAAUGUCUCCACGACUGAGGAUGAGGAGCAAAUACUUAGAGCUAAUGGUUAUCAGUUCAUCAAUACUGACCUCAAUGCAGGUACUGGUAAAAACCGGGUCUUUCUUUGGUACAAGAAAGAGUGUGGCAUGAAUGCUGUGACAAGGAUUCAGUUUUCAUUCAAUAACGCCAUGAAAUCUGGUCUGGAUGAUGCUGCAUAUGAGCUGGUGGACAAGAAUCUGAAUGUUGGCACUCCUGGAGAUCCCAUCUAUCUGUGGUACUUCUAUGGCAGCACCGAAUCCGACAUUCCCAUUGUGGACAUAAAAGUCAGCAAAGAUGCCGAAGAAGAACCUGCUUUCCUGCACGAUGGCUGGGAGAGACUGGGCUGUGAUCUGAACCGUAAUGCAGGCGGAAACUACAUCUACCUGUGGGUGAAGAGAGAGAAGCCGAGCUACAUCUGUGAGAUCAUAGCAACUGUUGACUUCAAUUCUGACAAACACAUGUUUGAGCAGGGCUUCACUCGUGUGGAUGAAGACACCAAUCGUGGUGCUGUAGGUGGAAAAAAAGUCUUUCUCUGGUAUCGCCGCCUAGCUGAUAUGAGCAGGACUCUCACUGCUCUUAAUGUCUCCACCAACUCCCAUGAAGAAACACUGACUGGGAAAGAAGGCUUCGAAAAGCUUGAUGUUAAUCUCAAUGAAGGAACCAGUGGAAAACCGGUCUACGCAUGGUACACCAACAAAGGAUGUGAAGCGCAGAUCAAAAACAUGGUUCUGCUGAUCAACCCUGCGGCCUGGACCACUUAUCAGAAAGCUGGGGUCAACUUUAUCGACAAAAAUCUGAAUGCGGGCAACAGUGGCAAGAAAAUGUACUUGGCGUACAAAUAGUGCUGUGGCUGAAAUAAUCAAACUGGUGCACAAUUAUUGGAAAUUGUAAUACAUGAUUUAAAAAUCAUACUUUAAAAUUAUAUUGUGAUUUAAUAUACUUAACAUUGAUUUACACUCAAUCACACAAUUGUCUUUUGAGUUUUUGUUAUAAAUCAUAAUGAAAUAAAGGCUUCUUCAACCAGA